GGACGGGCACCGCGCGGGGACGGGCACAGUGCGCGGCCAGCGGGGCUGAGCCACGGCCGGGGCUCGAACCGGCAGCCGCGGGGCGCGCCGGGCGUGCGGUGCAGCGCCGGGCGGGGGUGGCUCGGCUCGGCUCGGCUCGGCUCGGCUCGGCUCGGCUCGGCUCGGCUCGGCUCGGCUCGGCUCGGCUCGGCUCGGCUCGGCUCGGCUCGGCUGCCCCCGCCCGGGGGGAAACGUCUCGGGUCCGCAGGGGCUUCCCCGCCGCGGAGCGGCGUCUCCUAGGCUCCCGUUCCGGGAUCCCCACGGCCGGGCUACGGAGCGGGGCUGGUCCCUCCCCGCGGCCCGCUCCGCCCAUGGGCUCGGGCAGCGGGGUCCGGGCCCCCGGGGAGGUUUCGGACGCAGCCGCCUCGGUGCGAGUGUUGCGUUUGGGGCUGGAGACAGAUCUCGGGUGGAGAUUUCCGCGGGGGCUGGUGUGUCCCAGUCCGGGAGGUCACUGGGAAAAGAGGAUGUCCAGAGGAGACAUGGCCAAGCCCCUCCUGGGCCAUGGGAGCACGGAGGGUGACCCCGGCGUGACGCCUGCGUCCGGCCGCACCAUCGGGGUGCUGGGGAGCGGGGACUUCGCGCGGUCCUUGGCCAUCCGCCUGGUGUGCUCCGGCUUCAAGGUGGUGGUCGGCAGCCGCAACCCGAAGCGGAAAGCCAGCCUCUUCCCUUCCGCAGCAGAGGUCACCUUCCAGGCCGAGGCGGUGAAGAAGACAGACGUCAUUUUUGUGGCGGUUUUCAGGGAACAUUACUCCACCCUCUGUGACCUGGCUGAUGUGCUGGCGGGCAAGAUCCUGGUGGACGUCAGUAACAACACUGAGAUCAACCAUCACAAGGAGUCCAACGCAGAGUACUUGGCUUCCCUGUUCCCAGCCUCCACUGUGGUCAAGGGGUUUAACGUGGUUUCUGCAUGGACGCUGCAGUCAGGUGCCAGAGAUGGAAACAAGCAGGUUCUGAUUUGCUCAAAUAACCAAGAAGCCAAGCGCACUGUAGCAGAAAUUGCUCAAGUAAUGGGAUUCACCCCUGUGGACAUGGGCUGCAUGUCGUCAGCCUGUGAGAUCGAGAACAUUCCCCUGCGCCUCUUGCCAGCCUGGAAAAUCCCCAUCUUUUUGGCUCUGGGGCUUUUUCUUUACUUCUUCACUUACAACCUGAUCCGGCAGGUCAUCCACCCUUUUAUCAGGGAGCAGAAGAACAAGCUGUACAAGAUCCCCAUCGAGGUGGUCAACACGACGCUGCCUUGCGUGUCCUACGUCUUGCUGUCCCUCGUCUACCUGCCUGGGGUGCUGGCAGCCUGCUCGCAGCUCUACUAUGGCACCAAAUACAGGCGCUUUCCAGACUGGCUCGACCAGUGGCUCCAGCACCGAAAGCAGAUCGGUCUCCUCAGCUUCUUCUGUGCAGCCCUGCAUGCCGUGUACAGCCUCUGCCUGCCCAUGCGCCGCUCCCACCGGUACCUGUUAAUCGAGACGGCCGUCAAGCAGUCCAGCCUUGGAUUUAUUGCCUUGGUAGUCAGCACUCUGCACACGCUCACCUACGGAUGGUCGAGGGCCUUUGAUGAGAACCAGUACAAGUUCUACCUGCCUCCCACCUACACCCUCACGCUGCUCGUCCCAUGUACUGUGAUCAUUGCAAAGGUCAUCUUCAGUCUGCCCUGCAUCCGGCACAGACUUCUGCGAAUCAGGAGGGGCUGGGAGAAGGGGAGAUAUGUCAAAUUUGUUCUGCCCAGCGCAACAGGGGAAUAUUCAAGUGGGGAGACCUCCAGCAAUGUCUGACAGCCCCAGCUGUGAUGGAGGAUUUCAAAGCACUGUCAAGGUUUCUAUAAAGGUGUUUCUUUUUCUUAAAUAUAUGUACGUUUUGGUAUAAUUGUGUUGUGGAUAAAAAAUAAAAUUUGGUGACUUUAGAAAAUGGAUGACCAUGAAACUAGUUCAGACAGUAGCAGUUAAAUUGUAUUGCUGAUUUUGCUAGAACAAUUAUUGCCUUAAAAAUGACUGUGAAAGCUGAGCUAGGAGCACUAAAAUACAUGGGAAACUGAUGGACUCUGUUAGUCAGAUCAGUCACUUGAAGUGCUGGCUGGCAGCUCCCCAAACCAGUUCUUCUCAGUUGCUUCCCUAGCUGCUCUCAUAAAUUUCAAUGCCUUCUUUUUAAUAUGAAGUUGCACCGAUUUUCUGGGUUUAUGACAGCAAAGAUACCCUGCCUCUUGAGUGUCUGGAUCAAUCAAGGUGGUGAGAUUUAGAAGGAUCAAUCCCCUCUGGUUUUGUUCUCCUCAAUGAACUCUAUGGACAAGUAAGAACAGCAAUAUCCAUGUUACUAGUCAGUGCAGAUAUUACUAAAAGCAUCCAAACCUGACAGCAAGCCCAGUAUCCCUGUUCUCUCAGAUACGGACAGAAUUUCUGGUCCUGGAAGCAGUGCCUGGUGCAUGUUUAUAAGCUGCAGAAACGAAGCACCUCUUCCAGCAGUAUAAAAACAUUUGAAGAGAGAGAUAACCCUAACACCAGAUGUCUGGUCUGCACUACUGGCUCUGAGAUGAGAGCUACUGCUCCACGUUCUCUGUUUUACUGAGCCAGUUUCAAGCUGUAUUUGAUGGAAAUAGAGCAAAGAUAAUUAUUGGAAAGACCUGCUGCUUCACAAAAUUACAUGGAGAAAACCAAGGCCUUCCAGCUGGCAUUACAUCAAAUAAUAGGGUGAAGCUUUUAGAAAUUGCUGUCACCCGAACAUUCCAAUUUAAGCAAAAAAACCAGCAGCUCUAAACCCACUGGUUUUACUAGCAAUAAUAAGAUCUCUGAACAGUCUUGCAUAGGGAUCAGCAAGUCUUGACCACAACAUGAAAACACAGCAGUUGUACAUUUUGGGCACAGUCCUCCAUUGCCUUGCACCUUAAAAAAAGUCACUUGCUAAGUCACAAAGCAGAUAUCAAAUGCUCUUCAGACUUCACACCCACUGUGGACAAGGUACAGGGCAGAGAAGAUUUCUCUCCUAAUUUCAUGUUCCACCUGUUGCUUUCUGUCUCUAAGUUCUUGCUCUUUAUCAGCAUAAUUCUUUAUGUUUUGGCCAUCCAAAUCAUCAAACAGCCAAUGGACAGCCAUUCACAAAAGCUCAUUUUAAAGCAAGCAAUUGGGAUGACAUAAGAAGACUACCUCAGUCAGUUCAGACACAAGGACAUGGCUGGAAUAGCUUUGUUUUCCUACAGUUAAGUAAAACACACCACUCAGUGUCAGUAUUGCUUUGAGAAACAACAGCUGUCAGCCCCAAAUGAGCUACAGUUUGUGGAACAAGAAAGUACUUUUUACUAGACCAGUUAAUAUAAAGGGUGGGGGAAAUUAUCAACUUUGGGGCACAUAAGCCCUUCUACAAGCCAACAUUGCUUCUGUAGCCUGGGUGAGUUCUACACAGAGAAUCUCAAGAACUCCCUGUUUACCCUUAAGUAACUAUAGUGAGUAAUAUUCUCCAAAUAUUGUUCAUGUGGCCAGUGAUGAUAGUGAGGGAUUUCAGUUCUUGCCUAAGACUUACAGUAAAUUUCCAAAUGCUACUUGCUGAAUAGAAAGAAACUGGCUUGAGGGAAAAGCUUAGAUUUCAUAAUCAGGUGACUUUUUGUUUGUUUUGUUGGGUUUUUGGCAACAUGGGGAAGGUACCAUUCUUUCCCACUGUCCCCUUCAGCAAGCUGCUUUUAUUAGGUUUACACUUCCAGAACCCAGACUGGCACCUGACCAAAUCACUCACCAAGUCUGCAAUCACUGGCCCAACAGUAUUUAUUUGUGGUUAGGUGAUAGGUUAAGUCUCCACAUGGAUCUGCGAUAGUUUCACCUGAGUAUAAUUCCACCCACUCCAGUUUAACUCAUCCUUGAGGGAAAACUGCAUUCUGCAAUCUUGAUUUUUUAGUUGUCUUUUCCAUUUUAUCAUCAAGCAAAGACAACAUAAAAGCACCAGUUUACACUUUCUGGUUACAAUGUAUUUUAGUGCCUUUUUUUUUUUGCCCCAUCUUAGCUUCUUUUCACACCUUUAGGCCAGGCAAAACUACUGCCUGGUGGCAAAAAAAAAAUAAAUUAGAAGGCAGGGAGGCAGGAAAAGAACAUCACACAGGCUUGCAGGCUUUGUCUUCAAGGGAAAAAGUGUGUUUUUAUUGUGAGUCACUGCAAGGUUAAAGUCUCACCUUUCUGUCCAGCAGAAAUAAGGUUUGCACCCUUGCUUUGUUUACAUGACUUUCAUGCCCAUAUACCCUUUCCCAUGGCAAAGGGACAGUUUUCCUGAGCAGAAGUGGUCAGUGAGUCAGCAUGGUGCUUUUCAGAUGGAUACAAGCCCAAAGGGACAGACAAGCCAGCUCAAAAUCCCCACAGCAUCUAAAAAAAGGCUGGUGAAGUGUCUCCAGGUAACACUUGUGCCAACACAUUGGCCUGUCAGCCACUAUCCCUUUUGAACACUGAAAACAAUUCCUGUAAGUGCAGAACAGCAUUUCACGUGGUGGCCUCUGUAUGCAUCUGGUCCUUAAAACAUGUGACACGACAGUUUGAGUAAUUUCUUCUGACUCUGGAAUGGUGAAAAUUAGAGUGAGGAAUUUUUCAAUUAUCUUUUCUGUAAGCAUCUUUUGGUGUGCAUAGGACAUUCAGUAAGAUUGGCUUAAAAUUUAGCAAUUAACUGGUUUUGUACUUGAAGUUAUUCUCUCUCUCUCUCUGUAUAUAUGUACACACACAUAUAUAUCUUAUCGCAGAAUAUAUAGCUGGAAUGUAAAUCCUUUGUAUUUUUAUUUUCUGUACUGCCUAUUAUGUGCCUCUGGGAUAUGUAAGAACCAAUUGAAAAGCUGUAACAGUAAGGCUAGUUUUAAUUACUGGCAUCUGUAGUUAUAUAAAGAUAUUCUGAAGGGUCUACAUAAUUA